AUGGCCGAGACGAAAUCUUCCAAUUUGGAAAAUCAAGAUGGCGUCGAGAUGAGUGCUUCCAUCCAUAAUACAGAGCUCAAGCGCCAAUAUCCUUCGGGCCUGGCGGUCACUCUUAUCCUGACAUCAGUUACUCUGGCCUAUUUCCUCUUUUUCCUUGAUCUUGCUGUCAUUUCCACGGCCACUCCAGCCAUUACUUCUCAGUUUGACUCACUAGUGGACGUCGGUACAUUUCAGCCCUUGAGCGGCAAGAUUUACAGCCGAUUUUCCAUCAAGUGGACCUUUCUUGUCUUUUUCGUCAUCUUCGAAGUCGGAUCUGCUGUAUGCGGAGCAGCGCAUUCUUCGGCCAUGUUCAUCAUCGGCCGUGUUAUCGCGGGUGUUGGGUCUGCUGGUGUGGCCAACGGUGCAGUAACAACCAUCUCCGCCGUCCUCCCAACACAAAAACAGGCCCUUUUUAUGGGACUCAACAUGGGUAUGGGCCAGGUGGGCCUUGCAACGGGGCCUAUUAUUGGAGGCGCUUUUACCACGCAUAUAUCCUGGCGGUGGUUGCCCGAGCCAAAGCCUAAGGAUCCGCCCCUGCAGAUUCUUAGCUCUGCCAUCAAAUCUCUAGAUCUCCCAGGAUUCAUGCUUAUUUGCCCGGCCGUCGUCAUGUUCCUCUUAGGGCUUCAGUUUGGCGGUAACGAUUAUGCCUGGGAUAGCUCGGUUGUGAUUGGCUUGCUAGUCGGCGCUGGCGCUACCUUUGUUGUCUUCCUUAUCUGGGAGUGGAACCAAGGGGACAAUGCUAUGGUGCCACUUGCUAUGCUUAAACACCGAGUUAUUUGGUCGGCUGCACUGACAAUGUUCUUUAGCUUGUCUAGUGUUCUUGUUGCUGAUUUCUACAUUGCAAUCUAUUUUCAAGCAAUCCACGAUGACACGCCUCUAAUGAGCGGUGUUCACAUGCUCCCAAUCACCCUCAGUAUCGUCCUAUUCACUAUGGUUUCAGGCACCCUAAUUUCCGUUUUGGGCUACUAUCUCCCAUUUCUUCUUGCGGGGGGUGUGAUAUCAUCUAUUGGUAAUGGACUCUUGUCGACAUUAGGUGCUACCACUCCGGUUGCAAAACGGGUUGGGUACCAAAUUCUUUACGGUGUUGGAAGCGGUUGCACGACUGCGGCCCCCUAUAUCGCUAUACAAAGCCUCGUGGCUCCAGAGCAGAUUCCCCUUGCUAUGGCCAUUAUCAUCUUCUCGCAAAAUAUUGGUGCCGCCAUCUCUCUGAUCGCUGCGAACGCUAUCUUUAGCAAUAGCCUUCGUUCGGAGCUUCAAAAACGCGCUGCACAGAUUAGCGUUUCUCCAGACGCCAUUAUCAAUACUGGAGUCCGCUCCAUCCGUGGCCUGGUGUCUGGCUCCGAGCUGGCCGCUGUGCUCGCAGCCUACGCCAAAAGCAUCGACAAAGUCAUGUAUCUCGGUAUUGCUGUCAGCGUCGCCGUUGCAUGCCUCAGCAGCACCACUGCCAAUUGUGUAGGCGCCAACCAGCUUGUGGCCUUGCAGAGCAACGAGGAGGUCCUUGACCAAACUUUUGCUCCUGUAGUCGAAGACUUUAGUGGCACCGAGACCUUUGAACAGGAAAUGGCCAAUGGUUUGAAGAUGUACUACUAG